AUGAAUAAACUGAUUAAUCUAGGUCUCGAAGGCUAUAUGCUGGUAUUUGAGUAUGCAGAAGAAGGUGAUCUGAGAGGAUAUUUGAAUGCAAAUUAUUCCAAUUUGACGUGGAUUGACAAAAUCUCUAUCUUAAGAGAUGUAGCAAAAGCAAUGCUAUUGUUGCACAAUAAAGAUUAUAUACAUACACUAUCGACCAAACCGUCGCCAUGUAAAAAGAAAUUGGUUGAAACAAGAGCCUUGGAUUACAUAGACCUGAUGAAAAAAUGUUGGGAGUUGGAACCAACUAAUAGACCAUCAUUUCAGGUGAUCGUUACUAAAAUAGGCGAAUGGAUGUCUUCUCCUUCUAAGCAUUUCUCCACAAAAAAAUCUAAACCACUUGAAUCGACUGAUAAAGCUAUCAAAAAAGAAUCAAGAUCAAUCAUAAGACUUCCUUUUUCUCGUAAUCCAUCUCCCCUCGCCUCUAAUGAUAAUAAUAGCAAGAACAACGGUAAAACCAAAAGCAAGAAUACUAAUAGUAACGUUAGUUCUAUUCAAAGAUUUAAUAGUUUAUCAAGUAAAUCCUUAUCUAAAUACGUUCAACAAUUAGAAGAUGGUAAUAACAACAUUGAUGAUAUUAAUGUCAGGUAUAAUGAUUAUUAUGAUAAUAGUGAGAAUGACAUUAAAAUUAAUAAUUACAUUAGUAAAUAUUAUGGUAAUAAUAAUUUUAAUAACUAUUCUAAUGACAAUCAAUUUGCUCCUGCAUUUAAUGGAAAUUAUUUGUUUAAAUAA